GCUGGUGGAGUGGGUUAGUAGGAGUGGCUGAACUGAGGAGCUGGCAGUUUGCUUUGCAUGAAUCGCGGACUCGAAGUUUGUGGCUGCACCUCCGAUAUUUCCUGUGAGCCGCACAGCCAGAGCCGUGCCGAGCCGAGGGCGGAGGAGGCGAGGAGAGGAAUGGCAGAGAACAGCUCCGAGACAAGCGGCUCCGUUCACCGGAGAUGUUUGGGCCAUUCUUCGGCGGAGCGAAACGUUUCAGCUGGGGUCGGGGCUUCAAAAUGGAUUCGACUAAAUGUCGGGGGAACCUAUUUUUUAACUACGAGACAGACGCUGUGUCGAGACCCAAAAUCAUUUCUGUACAGACUGAGCCAAGCUGACCCCGAGCUCGACUCUGACAAGGAUGAAACUGGUGCCUAUCUCAUAGACAGAGACCCCACGUACUUCGGGCCAGUGCUUAACUACUUAAGGCAUGGCAAACUGGUGCUCAACAGGGACUUGGCAGAGGAAGGAGUUUUAGAAGAAGCCGAAUUCUACAACAUCACAUCAUUAAUAAAGCUCAUCAAGGACAAGAUCAGGGAACGCGAUUGCAAAACAUCACAGGUUCCAGUAAAGCAUGUUUACCGGGUGCUGCAGUGCCAGGAGGAGGAGCUCACUCAAAUGGUGUCCACCAUGUCUGACGGCUGGAAGUUUGAACAGCUCGUCAGCAUCGGCUCCUCCUACAACUACGGAAACGAAGACCAAGCUGAGUUCCUGUGUGUAGUCUCCAAGGAGUUGCACAAUCAAUCAUACGGGACAAACAGUGAGCCCAGUGAGAAGGCUAAGAUUCUUCAGGAAAGGGGUUCCCGGAUGUGAGAAGGACUCAGUAUUAUGAGCUCCAGGUGUUAUGAUGCAAACAUAUCAUCUAUGUGGAAGAACGUGUGGCACAAUGGAGAUUUAAAGUGGGGUGUGCAUUUAUUUUGUUUUCCCUCCAAUUUCUUUCUUUUUUUUUUUUUUUUUUUAAGUUUUUUGAUGUAAAUAAGUCUGUUUACUGACAAUUUGUGCCUGUACAUUUAAACUGGACCUUUUUAUUAAAUUAGCGGCAAGUUUUUUUUUGUUUCUAACUGAAAGUAAAGAAUUGUAAUCUACAAAUGUUUUAUGCUAUAACAAAUGGCCGCCAUCAUAUAAGGCCAACGAUUCACUCAGGGUCAUCUGUUGAGUUAAUUCUUAUAUCCUCCAACUCAAGGGUCUGGUAAGGGAUCAGUAUGGUCUUUAUAACUCCGAGUAUCAAACACAAAAAUCAUUGUUUCAGAGAUUUUAAAGAAGGGAAUUGUUGUAUUUGCUCAACGGCUGUGAGUCAGGCUAAUAACAUAAAAUUGAGCCCAAAAGCAAACUGGUUAAAAAUGUUUACCCAAAGACUUCAGUUUCACUGAGAUUUGUGAUCAUGAGGACCUCAAAUGCACUUUUUUUUUUCUUUUAAAUUUCCCAGUAGUAAUUUAAAAAAAAAAAAAAAAAAAAAAAAAAAGGAAUGAUCACCUUAGAGUACAAGAAAUCUUGACUGUAGAUAAGGGGGCAUUAGGUAAUCAGAGGUAGGAAAUGACCUAUAAUAAACAUGUUGCAAAGCAAUAUACUUUAUAAAAAUAUAUACUUCAGGUAAAAGUAUACUACUAGUGUACUGUAGCUUCCAUCUUUAGUAACCCAGUUAGAUUGAGGUGCUUUUUUUUUUUUUUUUUUUUUUUUUUUGUGCUGUUAGGUCAAAUUGACUCUUUGCUUGAAAGUCAACUAUUCAUAUUUGAACUCUGACCCUCUACUGCUUUUAGUUUAUAUAGUUUGCUUUUCUAGGGAGUUUAAAAUAAUCCAAAUAUUCCCAUGAAUUUAAUAGAACUAUAUGUAGCGUGAGUCUGACAGAUAUAUCUGCAUUUAUGACAACUAAUACCUGAAAAUUAAAGAAGAGACCAGAGAAGCACCCUUCAGCCAUGUUAGCAGUUUUGAUGUUGCAUACUUUGUCCACCAGAGGGCACUGCAACUUCGCUGGAGGCAACAUAGCUGCAACCAGCUGAUUUGAGCGUAAGAGUGAUUGCAUAAGUUUCAUGGAUCUGAAAGGGGAAACAAAUUGUCUGAUUAAUUGAAAUGUUGAUAUAUUUUUUUGAUUUAGUUUUUUUAACUAUUGGUCGGGCUCUAGAUGCUAGUUGCCUUCUGGUUCUCACAGUGCCCAAAAACUUUUUUUUUUCCUUUUUUUUUUUUUUUCCUUUUUUUUUAAUCAUUGCUCCAAAAAAUCCACUGAAAUUGUGAGCAGGUUUAGAAAUCAUGUGGCUAGUUGACAUUAUGGGUGAGCAGAGGCAAACACAGUUGUUUACGUCCUGUCACAGCCUUACAUGAUGGAUAGGCACACACUUCCUCCAGCUGGCGGAUGUAGUUCAGUCAAAGAAAAUAGUUCCUGCAAAAAACAUGGUUUGUGUAAUUUUUAAAAAAAAAAAGUUUUAAAUUUUUUAAUACCCGAGUCGCAUUAACGCUGACUUCUAUUUCUGAGUACCACGUCAUGAGUUCCAUUUAGUUAUAAUUAUAUUCAAGAGGUUGCAGACUUGAUGUAUCUCAGACUGUGGAACAGUUUUGGAUGUAUCAUUUGAUUUUUAAGCUGAACUGUCCCCCUUUUUUUGUUUUUAUUUAUUUAUUUUUUAUUUAAGUUAUUAUACAUUCAGGAAGUCCUCUUGCCUUUUUAAAGAUUAAGAGUGAUUACAGUUGCUCUGUUUUCUGUUAAUGUGGACCUGUAGUAAUAUAAAGACUUUGAAAGGCUCUUAAGCGUAAGUUUGCAUUAAUUAGAAUUUUCUUAGAAAUGUCUGAAGUUUUAAACUAUUUGAGACCUCAUGUUCAUAAAUCUAAAGUUAACUGGUAAAGUCCUCAGGACAAUGGUGACUCCCCCUUCCCCGCUGUUGUCUGAGUUAUCCUUAGAUCGUUUAUUUCAUAUGUUUGAGGGAACAUCGUUUGAGAUCGUUUUUUAAGGGUUGUUUUUUUUUUUUUUUUUUUUUUUUUUUUUGGUUUUGGGUUUUGUUUCAUUUUUUUGUUUUGGGUUUGUUUGUUUUUUUGAGGGGAAGUAUUUGCGGCGUUUGGGGACUGGAACUGUUCGAAGGCAGCGGUGAAGGACUUUGUUCAUAUCAAGAUUUUGUUUUCAUGUAAAUAAUCCAAAUUCAAUAUUAAUAUUUAACUCUUAGGAAAACUGCACGUUUUGUACACUGUAUAGAAAACACAGCUUCAGGUGGAAGUUGUUUAUACUGGAUCUUUAAAAAAACAAAACAAAAAAAACGAGAAAACCUUGGCUUCUGUUUUUUGCAUCGUUUGUACAGGACUAGAGAUUUCGGAGUUGGGGUUUAAAAAAAACUAAACAAGGAAAAAAAAGAUACUCUGUAAGGCGUCUUUCACUGACAACAUGCCUGGAACAUGUUUUGAUAACCAAUAACAAAGCUAUACUUGGCUGGCUAUGAAGUUGACUGUUACGUUUCAGAAAAACAAAAACAAAAAUGUAUUUUUUUUUUUCUUGCAGUGUGAUAAGAUUUCUUAGCUGUUAUUUUUAUUUUUAAUUGUGUAGAUUUUCAUACACAGCAUUACAAGCACUACAGUGGGAAACACUGUGCACACUGCUUACAGCCUGUAAUGCUGGUAAUGUAAAUACUGCCUUUUAGAACACUUUUUUUUUUUUUUUUUUAAAUAGAAAGUUGUUUUCAGGUUUUGAUGUGUGGUUUUGAUAGGUUGGAUAUUUCAUUCACAUGUUAUCAUUUAGUGUUGCCUUUUUUUCCCCUCUUCUCCCAGUGACCAAAAUCCAAUGUCUUAUGUGUAUUGAACACAUCGAUCUUAGUGUCAGGGAUGAGUAACUUUUCUUAAUGCUGGCACACUUUGUACAUAUAGACUUGUUAACGACACACAAACCUCCAUUUACUCACACGUAUACACUCGACUUAAGACCGUUUUUAUAUUGUCGGGAGGAAACGAGUAUGGAUGCAUGUUUUUAAAUAUAGAAAUAUAUACACACACACACACACACACACACACACACACACACACACAAGGGCUUUUAAAGUGCAAAAUUUGAGAUCUGCAAAGAGGUUCAAUCAGAGUAGACUGGAUUUCCUGCCAGAGCUAGGCUAUGUUUACAUUUGCUAUAGUAUUCUGAAGCCUUCCGAUUAUUUACCGUCUUGCACUCCCUCACACACCUACUUGUGUGACCGCACCAAUGGCAACUAGCACUCCCCAUAAGCUAAUAUUCACUCUGACAUGCUGACAAAUGUUGAGAUACUCCAUCCAUUUUUAACAGCCAGUGCUUGAGCGUUGCAGACAAUCUUGCUUUCGCCCCCUUUCUUCUUAAAUUUGAUGAAAUGUAUCUGCGUAGGCUAAGAGCUAAGGUUUAUACAAGUCUCUUUUGAGACCUUUUUUUUUUUAGUGUUUUUGUGUUUGAUUUGCUUGGUUUGGUUGUAAUCUCAUUUAAAAUGCUCUGUUCAGAAGUGUUCAACGGCCCCUCUACUUGAGCAGCUACAUUACAUUGAAUGCCCUUCAGACAGGUUGUCUGGUUUAGAAUCUGGGAUAAUCUUUUAUGUGAUGGACAAACUUAUCAAAUGUGUAGCCUGAUCCUUUUAAGUGCCCAGUUUGUUUUGCAUUCAAGUCAUAAACCACAAAUCACUGUAAUGCAUGACUGAUGAUGAUGAUCACACUUGUAAUCAGAGGGAAUGAAUGUGUCAUUUUUCCUCGAUCUUAACAGUUACAUUAAUAAGGUUCUCAUAUCACUACAUAGAUCACUUCUAUAUGAUCUUAUGCAAUGUUAAAAAUAUACAAACUGAGUAUGACGGUUAAGGGGAUAGAUCUAUAUGGUCUUGCAUAGGGUAAACCCAAUAAAAUGUUGUCAUUCA